AUGUCACAGCAGCAGCGUUAUACUACCACAUCCUCAUCGAUUUUAUCCUCAAGUCCAUCAAAGCAAUUAACAGUAAUUGAUGUUUACGAUUUGGCUGAGUCGAUAAAUAGAGAUUUUGAAAUUUUGGUUGAAAAAUAUGGAAAUGAUUCUUUUGAGUCAAUUGUUGGAAAGGUAAUAUCAGCCUUAGAAACUCUGGAGGCUUUAGCUAAAUACAAUGAUAAAGACAAUUGUGAAAUUAUCGAUUUGCAAAAAACUAUACAACGGUUUGAACAAGAAAAACAACAGAGGAUUAAAGAUAAAGAAAUUUUGGAAAGGGAUUUUAUUGAACUAGAAGACAGUUACAAAAAAGAAAUUGAUGAUCUCUGCAAAAUUAUUCAAAAAUUGCAAACCGAAAAUAAAUGUAUGAAAGAACAAUUAUCUUCUGGAGAAAAUGUUAAAAAGGAAGAAGAGAAGACUGAAGAUGUAGUCGAUGAACAACUCCAAACACUUAUUGAACUCCGCAAAAUGACUCACACCCAAAAAGAUCAAAUAAAACAAUUACAAAAAGAUUUGGAUACUUAUUGUUGUGAAGUUGAAAGUUUGAGAGAAAAUAUUGAAAGAUUAAUUAGACAAAAUAAAGAAUUGUUGAGAAAGAAUGGGUCUUUACAGAAACAAGGAAGAAUGCUUUUGUUGGAACGUGCAGAAAUUCUUAAACGAUUACAGCAAUCAGAAGAAAAUACUUUACAACUUCGCCGUGUUUUGAACGAAACAAACAGAGCCUGUAAAGAUUUGGAAGUUCAAAAACAAUGGGAUGAAGAGACAGCUUUAGCAGCCAUUACUAAAGGUCAACAAUCUCCAAGAUUUUCUCUUUCUGAAUUGAGGGAUGUCCUUCAAGAGAAAAAUGCUUUAAAAGUUAAAGUUUUGGAAUUGGAAGAAAAAAUGGAACAAAUACGGGCUUCGUCGCCUGGGGGAGAAAUUGAAAGUAAUAGAGGAACGCCUUCUCCAAAUAUGAGUUUGUCUUCUACGUCACUUUCCAAACAACUUGAAGAGUCUCAAUUACAACACGAGAAGAAGGAUAAUAUUCAAUCUCCACAAACAUCACCACCUCAAAAACGGAAAGAAACUGAAAACAGCGAAGAAUGUCUUGUUUUUGGGCCAAUAAAUCGCGAACCUGAUGAAAAAUUGCAUCCUUGGAAAUAUGAGCGUAUGAACAGUGGAGUUCGUCGAUUUUUUCGUUUAUUUGCUUCUAUCAGUUCAACAAAUUUGUCUCCUCGUCGUCCAUCUGGGGCAAAAUGA